GGUUUGCUUGGACUGCUUCCGCAAGCAGAGGGAUGGCUUCCCACAUGGCAGCUUAUCGUCGCUGUGAUGGCCGCGUUCAACACUGCGCAGAACUUUGCCACCAUCAAGUUGACGCGGAGAAUAUACAACACAGCCUCGCAGCCAGUCACCCCUCUUCAGGCGAGGACAUUCGCCAUCUGGACGCUCACCUCGGCCGCCAUACGUCUUUACGCAGCGUAUUACAUCAACGUUAAACCGGUAUAUGACCUUGCGCUGUUCAGCUAUCUCUUCGCGUUCGGGCACUUUGGCUCGGAGAUUUUCUUCUUCGGUAACGCAAAGCUCCCGGGUCCAGUUUUAAGCACGGUGAUUGUGUCCACCUUCUCUUUGGCAUGGAUGCUGAGUCAGUAUGAUUUCUACGUCCGUGCCUAA